CUGAAAUCGGGGAUGGAUGGCGCACAGGCCCGCGUCUGAAGGACAAUACAGCACAAAGACACUGCAGCAUCCUUUACCUCAGACCUGCGCUGCCUCCUUAACCCGAGACGAAGAGAUGAGCACACAUCUGUCUGGGACGCGCGCCGCGCACCUGAAUAACGGAGUCGUGAUUUCAAACAGCGUACAGCCCUACCCCAAAUCUUACAGGACUCUAUGAUGUCCCUACAAUGUCCAGAUGCCUGAAGUCAUCCACAUCUCAUCUCUAAAGUCAAUGAAGUGCUCCCAAAGUCUCUCUCUCUGCUCUGAAUGGAGCCUCCCUUAUAAAAGUUGAAAUGGAGGAUGAAGAUAGCACCUGUUUGCUGGAUGUUUUGUGCGACCCUGAUGCCCUACAUGAUUUUCUUCAUGGGACAAAUGAGCUGCCGAGUGGGGACUUACUCAUUAGUUCGUCCUCUGGAGAGCCGUCACUCUUCACAGACACUCCAAGUCCAGGGUCUCUGUUAGCAGAUGAUGCUAGUUCCCAGGAUACACCUGUCUCUGGCUGUGUGGAUCUCUCUUUCCUGGAUGAAGCACUGUUGGCAUCACCAACAAUAAGUGAAGGUCCAGAUGAAGAUCAAAAAGAUCCCGUUGUCCAUGCGGUGGAACCACAGCAGAAGGAGUCCGAAGAGAUCUGUGAUAUUCUCCAGCAGAGUCUUCAAGAAGCAGACAUCACUGAGCAUACUCUAGCACUAGAGGCAGAACUGGCCCAGACAGCAGAAACUUUUCAGCUCGGUCUGUGUGACGCAUCCCUCCCUUUGUCUGCGGCACAAUAUCUCUCCAAACCAAUGACUGUUCCCAGCUUUGUAUCUGUAGCAAAGGACACUCAAAUAGCAGUGGAGCCUCCUCAGCCAUCUCUGUUAGCUGUUGGCCCAGGUUGCCCCUCACUGAAACCUACAGGAACCCAAUUAAUGAGUCUGCUUCCUGGGAAUGUCUUCCCUGCACCUCCGCUUGGAACGUCUUUUUCUCUUAACUCGGCAAAUGGCUCGAGCAUGAUCAUCCAGAAGACCCACACGGGCCAUCAGAUGUUGGCUUCCACCAUUAGAACAAUUGCUCCUGCAGGAGUUAUGUUACAGAAAACACUUUUACCCAUUCAGCCUAAGAUACCAGUAAACAUUCAGCCCAGGCUUGUACAGAUCAGUCCUAAACCAGCAGGACAAAAACCCUUGACAGGACUUGCCUUUAUCCCAGCAAAUACAUCACAGAAUGUCUUGUUGUCCACUUCUGUAGGCUCAAACAAGUCCGUACCACCACAGUCUAUCAGCAAACCUGUUAGUCUCCAUCUGGUAAGUCAGGGAGGACCCAUUGUCAUUCAACCUCAAAGACAUGUUUUCCUCCCCAGCCAAACCCCUGCAACUACGGCCCAGUCUACCAGCACUCCGAUGUGUCUUCUUGGUACACCAAGCAAUCAGGUGUCUAACAAAAGCAAAGAGAGAGAUGUAGUUGAUAGUUCUCAAAUUGUGACUGUGCAUGCAAAGCAAAUCAAUUUCAGUCCUAUUUUGCCAUCCCCAAAUGGACAACUCACUCUCAAACAAGGCACUCUUCUGCCAGGGUCCCAGAUUCAGUCAACAACUCCAACAGUCUUCCAGAUACCAGCACAGCUAGCAGGGACCUAUGGAUCCCAACUGCAAGGGCAACAGGGUGCUGUAGUCCAAAGCCCCACUGUAGGAAACCAAAUGACCUUGAUUAACAAUGCUAGUAUACUCAUCCCUGAUAUGAGCACCAUACCUAUAGUGAAUGGUCAGUUGGCAACUCCAGUGCAUAGAGUUGUAAGAGGGGGGCCUGAAGGGAAGCUGACUCUUACCCAGACCUCAGUGCUUCACUUGCCUGAAAGAACAAGAGCAGAUGAUGGAAGUGUCAAUGAACUGCCCCAAGAGGUCAGAUCAAACCCCUCUGGUUCAGUGGAGUCAUCCCUUCAGUCCUCCAGAGAGACAGAACCUCUACAGUCAUCACCAGAUGUUAGCUGUAGUCCUGAGCCAAUUGUAUCAUUAUCACCACAACUGAUCAACCAAACACAAGAGCAACAAUUUACUGAAGGAAAGCACAACCCAUUGCCUCAUGCACAGGCUUUAAUACACCUUCCUCAACAGAACGCACUUAAACCAUCAGCCACCCAUGAGUCCUUGGCUGAAGCUCUGCUCUUGAAAAUAGAAAACAACAUCUCUCCUGCCAUGGGUGAAGCUGAGGAUUUCUUUGCAUCUUUUGUAGGAUCUGACACUUUCUCUUCAUUGUCUGAGUGUGAAGAGAUGUCAGUGUACCCUGAUUCAGAGCACACUGAUAUAAUGUUGACAUCCCCUGUUGACCAGAACUCUGUAAUGUAUGGAGCCUCCAUCAUAGAACCUACACCAUCGGCCUCUGAAGAGCAGUGUCUCGAGUCCUGCCUGUCAAUUGCUUCUAGUACUGACCUUCAGAGAUAUGAGGGGGCAAUAAUGAAUAAGAGUCCUUCCUUCUCUUCAGAGAAGGUGUUUGAAGCUCAGCAGCAGAGGACUCUUGUAUUUACUAACGUCAGCAGAACAUCAGAGUCAACAGCCCAGGUGUACAAUCAGCCAAACAGAGAGUUUGCCCAUGAGCUCACAAUCAACAGUUACGGUGCUAAAGACUGUAGUGGAAUAGUUUGCUUGGACCAGCAUGAGUUCCAGGAGAUGAUGGGACCUAGGCUGCAUUCUCAGUGCACAGAGACCAGCUCAACACUUCAGAAGUUAAUCCAGACACCAUCUGUAUGUGUAGAUGAGAAAGAGGAUAGGCUUACUCUUGAGGAGAAGCAACACAUGGUGAAACAGCAGCUGUUUUUGGACCACAGUUCUGUCCUUAAUCCAAAUACUUCAGCUCCAUUUGUUUCAAUGGAGGACGCUGUGAGGCAUUUGUUGCCCUACCAUGCUUGCGCUAGACCAAUACCUGGCCAGACUGACCUUAUCUCAGUGGACAAGCAGUUUGAGUGGAUUUCAGCCCUGCUGUUAAAACAGAUCACAGACAUGUUGAGCAAGUACAGGUUGCUUCUUCUGUGUGAAGCCCAGCAGGAGAGUCCAUCAGCAGAGAUGGUGAUGCUAGAGCGUUUGUUUCUUCAGUCAGAGAGACUCUCGUUGGGUGAAGACAGACGCCGGGCCAGGAGAGAUCCAGUAGAGUCCUUUCAGGAAUCCUGGCACUUAAGCUCACCUCAAAACAGCAUGUUGUCAGUUCAGAAAGGACAUUCCAACCGUCCUCCAUCUCCACCAUCAUGGCCACUGCAAUCUGACAGACCACCCGGCCUCAAGACUUACCGAUCCAGCAGCAAAGGAACGCUACGCCUUACAAUCAAACACGAGUCAGGAUGCCGCAAAAUUGUCCACAACUCUGCAUGUGAUUUCUCGUGCGCCACCUCUGGCCACAAACGAAACUACAGCGGACAGUUAACCAACGGACAAGACACGCAGGAAAAAGAAGAAUCCCUCAAGCUUCCUACAUCGGAUGUCACACAGAGCAAAAACGAUCUGACGCCAGAUCAGCUUCCCGAGAUGAAACUGCACCCUGACGUGGAAACAUGCAGGACAGAUAGCGAUUUGCAGGUACUCUCCAAUCCUUUGGUCAGGCCAGAAUUCACAACUGAAAGCAGCUUAUAUUCAAACCAAUCCUCCCCAGUUCUUAAAAGGAAUAAGGUGGAUGCUUCAGAAGCAGAUUGUCCAGGUUUACCUGCAUUCAUGGAGGACAGGGGUCUCAGCGAACAUCUACAAAGUGCUAUUGACAGCAUCCUGGAGCUACAAAGGCUUCAGGGUUCGGCUUCAGGAGUUAAACUCAAGACUCAACAGUCCCGUACAAUGGAUCAGGCUGUCAGCAGCAUACUGAAAAGACAGCUAUGACAGAAAGAGGAUAUUAGCAGUAUGAAGCACUAAAUGAAAUGAAAAGCCUUAGGAUACACAAGCGUGAUGUCUUUUCUUUGAAUAUAAGACUUAAACGUUCUGCAAGACGAAUUUUAUUUAUUUCUGAAAAUACUAUUUAUUUGAAAGUUUUUUAAGGUAAACUACAUGAUCAUUACUAUUGUGUCAAUUGAGUGAGAAUUUGUGCUAUUUAGUGUGUCUUUUUGGAGAUGUAUAAUUUAUAGUCUUCAGUUUAAACGGCCUCAAAAUCACAAGUGCAGAUUGAAUGUAUAUGCAUUUUGAUAGGAAUGUUUUAUAUGUUUGUGAUAUAUGGUGUCUUUCACACUUUUGCUGCAGAUCCGAGUCUGUUUGACGUCGUUUUAUUGCUGUUCAAGUUAUUUUCCGAACUCAGGUGUCAACCAGCUCAAAAGCACUAACCUGUGAAAACUUCAAAUUUGAAUGAUCCGAUCCUGAGUUAGGAAAAGAAACUAAAUCAACCACUAUUUGAUAUCAAACAGACUUCUUGAGCAGCAUACAGUAUGACUUCCAAAAUGAUGUCUGUUCCAGCUUGUUUACCUCCAAAGAACAUACGCUCUCCUUUUUCUAAUCACCAGCAAAACCAGCGACAUUGCCAUUGUAGAAAUUCCUUAUCUCAAAUCCAGAUGAAAAUGUAAACCAUAUAACAGGAUAACCAUUUAGCUACUGGCAGAUGUAAUGUAUGCUUUUCUUUGCCGUUGCAUCAACUGUGAUAUUCCAAUUGUGAUUUAGGAAGCAUAAGUAAAGUCGGCACACCAAAGCUCAAAAACGUAUUAAAAAAGACUUUUGAAUGGCGUGUGACGUUUCCAACAUGGAGGCUCUUCGUCAGACCAGUGCUCGAAAUUUGCCAUUCGAAAGUCUUUUUUGGAGCUUUGUUGUGCUUUACUUUUGUAUGAUAUGAUUUAUAGUCGAGCACCUAUGUGAGGUUGAUGUGUGUACUUCUGUUUACUUGUGAUUUAGGACAAAUUCCUCAAUUACCCUCAAUCCUAUCAUGAAAAUGUGAAUUUUUCAAUGUUUAAGUGCUAUAAUUGGGUCCCCAGUGCUUCUUUCAACCUAGAAAAUGUGAAAAAGUUCAACCCAGUACCUUAGUUUUGGUAAACCAUUCUCUGCAAGCAUUGAAAUUUGGCUCCCCUUGUGAUGUCAGAAGGGGAACUUAUUAUAAUAAUACCACCCCUUAAUCUGCACUAUCCAACCAGGGCACUGCCAUUUAGCACAGAGAUCAGCUCAUUUGCAUUUUAAAAAUACAAAGUUGCAAUUUUAACAUGCUAUAAUAAAUUAUCUACAUGGUAUUUUGAGCUAAAACUUCAUAUAUGUAUUCUGGGGACACCAAAGAUUUAUUUGACAUGUUAAAAAAGUCUUGUGAAAUGUCCCCUUUAAAUACUCCAAUGCAAAAGCAAUAGGUCAGGUAGCAAAAAUAAUUGUGCCUCAGUUAAAGAUCACAAACUGUUGUUAAUAAUUAACAAAUACAGACCAUUUUUCAACUUUUUUUUUUUUUAAAUCAAAGCCUAAAGCAGAUAUCCAGACAGUGCCAAAUUGAUAUUCACAUUGUCUGCGUGUUUUUCUUCUCCACAUUAUCACUUCAGAAACCCUUCAUAUAGUAGUAGUUUUAUGAUAAUAUUUGUUUGCUUUUUAGUAGUUAGUACAUUAUAAAUACCGUGUUCUGGUUUACAUGACUGCCAACUUUGUUUUCGUAUCGCUUCCCGAGAGACGCUAUGCAUUCAUCUUUAACACUUUACUCCGACGGUGCCAGUAUCACAAGCCGAGUACUGUGACACGUCCUAAAUGUGACCAAAUCAUCUCUGAUCUGAACGUGUAAAACACGUAGCCUGUUUGAUGCCAAUCUGACAUGCAAAAUAUUCAACAUCACAAUCCAUGAGGCCUUAAACCCACUGAACCACAUUAAAAGAUUCACUAGAAAUAAAGUCAGUACUGAACCAGUAUCAAAGACUGGAUGAACAUGAAAAGGU